AUGGUUGCCAAGAUUUCUUUCAAGAGACAGUUCCUUAUUUAUCUUCUUUUAUUGGUCCUGGCUUGUUUGAUCACAAUCAUCCUCUUGAAUUACAUUGUCACAUUUAUUAUGAGGAAAAGUUUUUUGGAAUUGCCGGAUAUAGAUUGCCGUAAGAAUCCUCCAUUCCUAGUAAUAUUGGUAUCAUCAGAACUUGGUGAAAGAAAGGCCCGAAUGAUAAUUCGUAAAACAUGGGGAAAGGAAAGAGUAAUAGCUGACAAACUCAUUGUGACAUUUUUUCUCUUGGGAAAUCAUUUCUGGCCAUAUAGACAAUUUAAUGUGACUAUGGAAAGCUUACAUUAUAAAGAUAUCAUCCAAAAGAAUUUUAUGGAUUCAUACAAUAAUUUAACUUUAAAGACUUUAAUGGGCUUUGAAUGGAUUCACAAAUUCUGUCCACAAGCUACUUUUGUGAUGAAAACUGAUUCUGAUAUGUUUGUGAAUGUCUAUUAUCUGACAGAACUUCUUUGGAAACGAAAGAAUACUACCCGGUUAUAUACAGGUUCUGUAAAAAUGGGUGAAAAACCAAUAAGGGAUCCAGACAUAAAAUGGUAUAUAAGUGAAGAGGAAUAUCCAGAGAAAUUUUACCCUCCCUUUUGUUCAGGAACUGGUUAUGUUCUCUCCUCCGAUGUUGCUAGUCAAGUUUAUAUAGUUUCAAAACAGAUCACUGUUAUUAAGCUGGAAGAUGUGUUUGUAGGUAUCUGUGUUGAGAAACUCAAAAUCCAACCUGAAAAACUUCAUACAGAACCUGUCUUUUUUUCAAGCGAAAUUUUUUUUUCUCCUUGCCACUACAGGAAAAUUGUUACAAGCCAUCAUAUCACUCCUAACCAAAUCCUUAUUUAUUGGAAUGCACUAGAAAGAUUUAUGGAUGAAAAAUGUCCAAAUGAACAAAGAAGUUUACAAAUUUAG